ACUAUGCAAUUCAUGAUCAUGACGACUGCCGAGCGCUCGUCAUUACCGCUCUGACGCGGGAACAAACUUGACCAUAGUAACAAAUGUCACGUGGGCUUAUGAUAGAGCGGCAUUUCUGCCAUCUUCUCAGUUCUGUUUCACAAACUCGCCGCAAGUUAAUCGACUAGCUAUCAAGCAACCAUCAUGGGGGCUUACUACGACGAGAUCGAAAUUGAAGAUAUGGUAUGGGAUGAGGUAAAGGGCGUCUAUCAUUAUCCUUGUCCCUGCGGCGACCGCUUCGAGAUCUCUCGCAAGCAGCUUGCCAAUUGCGAGGAUAUCGCGACGUGUCCAAGCUGCAGCCUAAUCAUUAGAGUGGUCUAUGAUCCACUUGAUUUCGAAGACGAACCUCCGGAUGACGAGGGGUCUGCGUCGGAGGAAAGUGAAGAAGACGACGAGGAAGAUGACGACAGCGACGCCGACCAAUUCGAGGAUGCUCUUGAGAAGCUUACUAUAACUGAGCCAUUGGCGGCGGCGGUUGCAGCAGCAGCAUGAGAUAAACUCCUUCGCUCAUUCCGUCUCGACCAUUGUUUCAGACGGUGCUGGAUGAUAUUCUAAGGUCCCAUAAAAGUACAAUAUUAAUGCAUGCAUGUCGUCGAGUAUCUUCUAUGAAUGUUCUCACUAAGUCAUUGCUAAUCUACAGCACUAGUUUCUCUGUUGGACAUAAGAUCUGUUUACACGAACCGCAUUGUAACC